GAAGCUUUAGUUUAACCAGUCCGACGUUCUAGACGGUUUAUUUGUUAAUAAAUAUGGUGCAAAUUGUUGGAAAAUACGAGCACGAGUCCAGCGAAGGUCUUGAGGAGUAUUUGACCACUGCUGGAGGAAUUGAGAAUGCUGAAGUAGCCAAAGUCUUUGCUCAAGGAAAACCUGUUCUUGAAGUUAGUCAAUCGGGUGAUCAAUGGGUCAUCACUGUGACAAACGAAGGCAAAAGUUCAACAACUAAAUUCACCCUGGGAACUCCAUACGAUGAAACUAUGCCGCAUGGUGUCGUUCUCAAGAGUGUAACCACCAGAGAUGGUGACAAAUUUACGACAGUGUCUGAUCUCCCUGAUGGAAACCAAUCAGUCAGAGUUUAUGAAUUUAGCGAUGCCGGUAUUACCGUUCAUCUGUCUGACAAAAAACACGGAGUUAAGGCUGUUCGUACCUACAAGAGAGUAUAGAUACUAAACUGAUGUACUGAUUUUAUAAAGUUAAUCAAUCAAUAAAAAUUUUCUUACACAAA